AUGGGGCUGAGGCGGAGCCUUCAGAGUUGGGGCGCUUUGCUCAGCUUCCUGGCCAGCAUCCUCACGGUGCUCUCCACUGCCACCAACUACUGGACCCGCCACCACGGGGGCCACAGUGGCCUGUGGCAGGAGUGUAAUCACGGCAUCUGCUCCAACAUGCCCUGCCAAACCACGCUGGCCGUGACCGGGGCGUGCAUGGUGCUGGCGGCGGGCUUCGGCAUCCUGGGCCUGGUGAUGGGGCUGCGGAUCCAGUGCCACCAGGGCGAGUCGCUGCGGGGCCAGAGUACGAGCGCCCUCCACUUCCUCUGCGGGCUGCUGCUGCUGAUCGCCUUGGCAGGCUACACGGUGAAGAAUACGUGGAACCGCGACGUCUUCUUCUCCUGGUCCUAUUUUUCCGGGUGGCUGGCUUUACCCUUCUCAAUUCUCGCGGGCUUAUGCUUUCUGCUGGCAGACAUGAUCGUGCAGAGCACCGACGCCAUCAGUGGAUUCCCCGUGUGCCUGUGA